AUGCCGUUAUUUGGAAGAAGACUGUUUCGAAUUAACGAAGAAGACACUCCAGACGACAGUGGAGAAACUUAUACAAUUGAACAUACAGGCGAACAAUAUCACAGUAAAACUUUGUAUGACAAAUUGCAGAAAGUUUACCAGUUGGAACGGUGGACUUGUGAAUGUACAUGGCGAGCAGGUUUAACUCAUAAAGAAGCGUACCAAUCGGAAAGUGAUAUAAGAAAAACUUUAUCCACGGUUGUACCCAAUUACUUCAAUAAACCUAUUUUUGAAAUUAUAUAUCACAAUGUAAAACCAUUGGAAAAACUAGCUGAAGAAGUAUCGAUUCUACUUGGCCAAAGUUUUGUUCUCAAUGAACCAGUUCAAUUUAAGAAGAAAAAAGACAACACAGCUAUCAAAGGAAUAAUCGAACUGAUCGAAGAUAAUGAUGAUCCAAAAAAACGAUCAUCUGAACGCGUAUCUAUUCAAGCCAAACCGCCCUCAGAUAAACAAAUGAAGAAUGUAAAAUAUUCCGUGAGGCUAUCGGAUGAAGAUCGUGUCGUGCCCAACGUUCUUCCAACUGAAUUACAACGGUGUACAUUGAUACCAAAUCGUGAAAAAUUGAAAACAUUUAUUCGCGCAUAUGCGAUCCGUCUUGGGAACCGAAUUGAUAGUCCAUGGGUAUUCUAUGAUCAAUCAAAUAAAGAUACAUAUGAGCUUAAAGAUCGAAUAGCAACAGAUAUUAUUGAAAAGUUUCACAAGUCAACGAUAGUGACGCUGGAUGAAAUUCUUCGCGAACAAGAACGAAUCGCACGAAAACAAGCCGAAGAACAAGCUGCUGCACUGGCGGAAGAUAAUAAAGCAAAAGAAAUCAAUAACAAUAUGUCAAUUCCGAAUGGUCAUUCCGACGAUGUCAAAAUUAUUUUUUCCGACGAUGAAAAAAACCCGAAAACGUCCCCGAAGGCUAAGGUCAAAUCAUCUCCGUCUAAAAAGGCGCCUACUCCAUCAACGAAACAAAGCAAAUCUUCUAGUAAAGGAAAAAAACAAUUAACGUUGCACGAUAUGAAGUUUACCAAGAAUUCACCUAAUCAUAACGAACUGCUGGAGAAAUCAUCACUGAAAACUUACGAUGUCAUCAUUCCACAUUCACUCUUACAGAAACUUGACAAAACUCGGCGUGAACGCGGCAUUGAUUCGAGAUAUUUUCAUCGUUUGAUUCUUAAUUGUGCUCGAACAUUGAAUGAUAAGCAACGUUUACGUUUGCCUGAUGAAUACCGAUCGAUAAUCCAAAUGAAAUACGAUGAAUUAGAACUGAAGCGCCGUUUAUCACAAAUGACCGAUGAAGAAAAGAAAUUAUUCCUUCAAAGCAAACGCCUAGAACAAAAGCCUAUCGAAGAUACUGAUUGCACAUUCCUGAAAGAUUUACCAAUGCCUAAAGAAUUACAAACCACAUUGGACGUUUCAUCAGAUUCAAUUGGAAAUCUUCUUAUGAUUUCAACAUUUCUUACCUCAUGUCAUUCGUUGUUCUAUUUAUCUCUCAACGAUGAAAUUUCGAAGAGCACACAAGUUUAUCUACGUUCGUUUAAACUAGAUUCAUUGCUUCAAACUUCCACGCAUUUAUUCACCAAUUACUUUUUGGAAAUUUUACAAAUUUUAAUGAAACUACUGUUCAAAGAAGAUGAAAAUCGUUCGAAUGAAAGUGACAAUCAAGAUGGCGAUGAAGAAGAAGCAGCAGCAGCAGUAGAAAACGACAAGGUUGAGAAUCCAAACGAGAAGAAAAAUAAAGAGAAAAAUCUCAAUGAUAGUAAUAAUAACGAACAGAUGGAUAUCGAGGAGGUCUACUUCAUCCAAUUAUCUGAUAUUCCAUUAACAUCUUAUACAUGUCAAGAAUUGACACGAUUGUAUUUGUUAAAAGAAAAGGAUGAGUCGAACCAAGUAAUUUUGGAUAAAUUAGCUAAUUGCGAAGCAAAAGAUUUGCAGAUUUCCGAUCAAAUCAAUCUUCUCGUACUGUUGGUGAAUACGAUUACCACUGAUAAUGAAUUAAUGGCUGAUUAUUUUGAACAUUUAACUCGUAUUCUAUCGGAAGCAUCACGCGAACGUAACCAACUAUUAGCUGAACGUCGUAAAGCACAAGAGGAAGAAAGCAAACAAAAGAAAUUACAGUUACAAAAUGGUGAAAAUGAGAAAGUCUCGUCGAAGAAACAGAGUAAACCAUUGAUUCCCGCCAAGUCAAGUAAUGGAACAGCAAAUGAUGAAAAUGAACAAACAACACCGAUGAUUAUUGAUGAGAAUGGCGAUUUUGAUAACGAUAAUGACGAUGAUUUGAAAACUGUUUUGCAACGUCGACGACAAAUGGUUGCUCUAUCGAAAGAAUUGAAGGAGAAACGAGAGAUUGAAGCACAGAAAUUGCAAAUAAAGCAAAAACGACAAUUAGCUAUUCAAAAAGCCGAGCAAAUCUAUCAAGAAGCGUUAAUUAACCUCCAAUAUGGUUUCCGAAUAAAACCGCUAGGUUAUGAUCGUCAUUAUAAUCGAUAUUGGUUUUUUCGGGGUUAUCCAGGUAUUUUCGUCGAAAAAGGAUGGAUCGGUCCUAAUGUGAAUUAUUUCGUUGAAUUAACAUCCGAAGAAAUUCCUUUAUUGACAAGUAAUGAAAAAGUAAUACCAAAAGAUGAAUCAAACCAAUGGUUUGUGUACGACGAUGAAAACCUUAUUCAACAAUUGCUACAUACCCUAAACGACCGUGGCAUUCGUGAGCAUAACUUGGCACUCAAUCUGAAGAAGGCUAUGCCUUAUAUUCACGCAGAGUUCGAACAAUUGAAGAAGUCAAAGAAUUCCCUCGAUCAACAAGAUGAAAAUUCAGAAUUCUUAGCGGACAUGAUCAGUUCAUUUAAAACUGAACUUGAAGACAUUGAGUCUCGUUUACGUCUUGGCUCGCUGGGUGGUUUUAUCGUCAAUGAUAAUCUUGUUGAAUGGCAAACGAAACUAAAGCAAGCCACGGAACGUCAUGAGCUUGCCGAAGUACUGAUUCAAUUGCAGCAAACAGUUGCAGAAAAAUAUGCCUCCGGAAUAUUCAAUUCCUCAGAUAAGAAGCCUCUUCAAAUAUGGUUCAACGAUUGCCGAACGUGCAAAACGUACCCACGUUUAUAUGUUCUAAUGUUAGUAUUCGAAAAUUGCAUCACAUGGAACAAAUCCACAGUUGGCUUAAAAUGCAAAGUUUGCCGUAAGAAACAAAAAGAUGAAUCCAUUAUUGUGUGCGAUCAAUGCUGUUAUGGUUAUCAUCCUGAAUGUUUACGCGGCUGUAAUGAUCCUUGUUUGAAAAAUUCGGCGAAUGAUCUCUGGUUUUGUCCGGCAUGUCGACCGACAAGCAAACGACGCGUCCGACAAGAUAAAAAAGUGGAUUACCAAGAAAAUGAUAUAUAUGACAAUGACAUGGAUGUCGAUACUGAUUCGAGUAGUAAUGAAAGUAGUAGUAAUGACGAACAAAGCUCGAAUUCAGAUGAGAAUAAUGAAGAUGAUGCUUGUCAAAUAUGUGGCGGUGAAAAUGAUUUAAUUCAAUGUACGCAAUGUCAAUCCUGCUAUCAUUGUCAAUGUCAUGAACCACCGCUGCGAUGUCCACCACGUUCGACAACAUGGUUAUGCAAUAACUGCCGAUAUGGAAUUACGAAUGAAACGAAUAAUCGUUCGAAAUCAUCGAAAAAAGUCGGGAAAACUAAACAGAAACCGUCAGCAAAACCACAAAAACAAAAUACAACAAGACGAAGUACACGUAAGAAUUAUCGUGAAGUAGAUGAAGAAGAAGAAGAAAGUGACGAUGAAGAGAAAACAACUGGUAAACGUCGAUCGAAACGCUUACGUCGUUCAGAACCAUCUCCUACCAAGCAAAUCGAAAGCAAUCAGCGUAAAAACCGACGAGCUCGAGUAUCCAAAUCAUCAUCAUCAUCAUCAUCAGCGUCGUCCAACAAUGACAACGAUGAUGAUGAUGAUGAUGACGGUGGUGACAACAACGAUCCAAUGGAAACUAAUCAUGACGAAGAAACGGAUUCCGACGAGAAUGAACAUCUCACUACUGAUUCACCGUCCUCCAACUAG